AUGAUCGACGGAGUUCGUGUCCUCACGCCGACACGACACGAAUUCCUGCAACGCGUGCCCGGUCCUCUCGAGUCUCUGGGCCGUAUCGGUGCUGAUUGUCCUGCCGCCUGGCUACUCUCGGCUCAGCGGGCCCUGGAGGCUGGGUCGGGAAGAGCUGUUGACUACCUGCUGGCUCUGCGCCAGCCCAACCGGAUGCUGGAGGCGGCCAAGCAGUGUCUGGACGCCGCUUGCCACGCGGCCGGCAACGAACCGGUCGGUUGUCAACUGGCUCUGCUGCACGCGGUACGCAUAGCGCGUGGCUUUCUGGCCGCGGCGGCAGCCGACGCGGUUGCCAACGAGACCAAUGGCUCUGCCGGGUCAGAGUUGCAACAAUGCCUCGGGCAACUGUAA